AUGUUGGUGUUAAAUAUUAAUUGGCCUACAUCCCCUGAUAUUUCGCUGGAGACGUUAAGCAUUUUGAAUGUGAACAACACCGUUUUAUUGGUGGGGUACUCGUCAAUAUUGGUGGUUUGGGAUGGAGUUCAACUCAUAAUUAAUCUUAUCACUCUAUCACUACCGCCACCGUUCUACGGCGCUUCAAUUCUACAGUCAGAAGUCAUGAGCGUGAUGCUCUUGGUUAAACACAGCAACGAAAUGGAGUUCCCCCGAAAAAAGGUUUUCGUUUUGAAUGCUCCACCAGCGGCUGCCUACUGUCCACCAAGAAACAACCCCAGCCAACCACAGACCAGCAACUCCAGCCCCAGGGCUUCCCACGGGUGCUCCAUGUGCCCCCAAGCGUUCGACGCGCCCAGCAGCCUGACGCGGCACCUGCGCACCCACACGGGUGACAAACGGCACGCCUGCCCCACGUGUACCCGACGCUUCGCCGAAAACGCCGAUCUGCGGAAACACAUGUACGUCCACACGGGCGAGCGGCCCUACCGGUGCUCGGACUGCGAUCGCGCUUUCACCAAUCCCAGCAACUUGGCGAGGCACAAGCGCACCCACACCAACGAGCGCCCGUACAAUUGCAGGGAGUGCCAAAAGUGCUUCGCCAAUCCCAGCAACCUCGCGAGGCACGAGCGCGUCCACACGGGCGAGCGGCCCUACUCCUGUCCGGUGUGCCGGGCGGGUUUCGCGACCUCCGGGGUUCUGGCGAGGCACCAAGUCACCCACACGGGGGAGAAGGCCUUCCGGUGCGACUUGUGUCGGCGCGUCUACGCCGAUUCCAGGAACCUUAGGAUGCACGUGGCGCACGUACAUAAGACUUCCGGGGGAGCUUGCGAUGCCGCGGGUGUGGUACCACAGGCCAUGUAA